AUGAUUCUUCAAGAUAUCUUGAAGAAUUAUAGGAGGAAAAAUACUUCUCCCCACUACACUAUUAAGAUUGAUAUCAGUAAGGCAUAUGAUACUGUGGAUUGGAAUUUUGUUGAAGAUAUGCUUAAUGCUUUAAACUUCCCUGCUAGAUUUGUUCAACUGGUUAUGAUUUGUAUCAAGAGCACUUCUUACUCACUUCUAAUGAAUGGCAGAAUACAAGGUGGUUUUCAAGGUGCUAAGGGUCUUCGUCAAGGUGAUCCCUUAUCCCCUUUGAUAUUUGUUCUGAUAAUGGAAUAUCUAACGAGAUGUUUUCUUCAUGCUGCUAUAGACUCUAAAUUCAGAUAUCAUCCUCUUUGCAAAAGUUUGAAGUUAAUAAACUUAUGCUUUGCGGAUGAUUUGAUUCUUCUUAGCAAAGGUUCCAAACAGUCCAUAAAAGUUCUUAAAGAAGUUCUUGAUGGGUUCAGCAUUUCUACUGGGCUUUUAUCAAUGGAGAAAAGGGAGAUCAUUAAGGAUAUUGGUUUGGCUGAAGGUUGUUUCCCUUUAAAGUAUUUAGGGGUUCCUUUAAGACCAACUAAAUGGAAAGCUGAAGAUUGUGGGAUUAUCAUUAAAAAAAUCAGAUUGAGACUUAAUACUUGGGGAAGUAGGCACUUGUCAUUUGCUGGCAGAGUUCAAUUAAUUCAUUCAGUAUUACUUGGUCUUCGUAAUUAUUGGAUGAGCAUUUUCAUCCUUCCUCAAAGUGUUUCUAAAGAGGUUGAGAAACUUUGUAGAGGUUUCCUUUGGGGAAUGAACGGGAACAGAAGCAGAAUCCAUGUGGCCUCUUGGGAGAAAGUGUGCCUUCCCAAACCGUAUGGUGGUCUCGGGUUUAAAGAAGGGUCCAAAUGGAAUCAAGCUAUUCUAGCUAAAUACAUUUGGGCUAUCACUGAGAAAAGAGAUCUUUUGUGGGUUAAGUGGGUGAAUAAUGUCAAUCUCAAGGGGGUAUCUAUUUGGUCUUACGAUUUAAAAGCGGACACAAGCUGGUAUUGGCGCAAACUUUGUAGAUUGAGACUUAAGUUCCCCAUUUCUGAGAUAUUGAAGGCAGGUAGCUUGGGCAAGUUUUGUUCUGCUGUUUUGUAUAACAGUUUUCUUCCACCUACACAAGUUAGCUAUCGUAGGGCCAUUUGGAGUAGUCUCAACUCACCUAAGCAUCGUUUUAUGCUUUGGCAAGUGGUGAACUCUCAUCUGUUAACAAAAGACAACAUGGGUAAAUUUCACAUUGUCUUAGAUUCUUCACUUUGCCCUGUUUGUGGAGACCAACCUGAAUCCCAUCAUCAUCUAUUUUUUGACUGUUGCCUAUCACGAAGAGUUGUGGAGCUUGUGUUUCAGUGGCUGGGUUUCAGGGGUUGGCCGUUGGAUUUUGCUGGCUGGUUAUCGUGGUUAUCUCUAAAAGCAUCUGGUAUGGUGAGGCGUGUGAGUAUAGCAAUCUUGGCAGCAACUUGCUACAACAUUUGGCUGAAUAGGAACAAAUGUGUUUUUGAAGGUUUCUCUAAAUCAGAUUCUUUGAUUGCUUUAGAUGUAAAGACUAUAGUGACUUACAGGUUGUUCAUUGUUAAAAAAAGAAAAUUGUCUAGACAAGAUAGAGACUUUAUACAUAGAUUAAAAUUGUAA